ACACGCCAUUUUUAAAGUAAAAUACCCAGCAUAGAAAGUAAAAAAUCAAAAGAUUAAAAUAUGGCUUUUCGUAAAGUUGAGUUGUACAUAGAGACUAAUGAUGUAAAUAGUUUUGACGAAAAGCUUCUCUUAUAUUUUAAUCUUUUUAUUUUUCACCGUCUAUGCUUGGUAUUUUACUUUUAAUAACUUGUUUUGUUUUAGAUGUUAAAUCGACAAGAAGACCUUUCCCACCAACCUCUUUUCCCAGAACAUGUGGUAAAUCGACAAUUCAACUCGGCCGUGUUGUAGGUGGUCAAAAUGCCAAACCUGGUGCCUGGCCAUGGAAUGCGUUGAUCAGAUAUAAUGGCAUUUUUUUAUGUGGUGGUGUUUUAAUAUCUCCUAACUGGGUUGUUACUGCUGCGCAUUGUACAGAUGGUUAUGCAAGGGACGGAUUCCAAGUAGUGCUAGGAGACCACAAUCGCAAAACUCACGAUAUUGGUGAACAAACAUUUAAAGUGACGAAAAAGAUUCGUCAUCAUAGAUACGACCAGCCAACUAUCUUCAACAACGACAUCGCUAUAAUGAAAUUGGACAAACCAGCAAUGUUUACUCGGCAUGUUCAACCGGUGUGUUUGCCUCGGCAGAACGAAGUUGUUGAUGUUGGAAAGCUUUGCUUCGUUACAGGCUGGGGAAGAACUUUGCGUGCUGCUCAAACUUCACACAUAUUGCAACAAGCUCCCUUAAGAAUCCUCAGUUUCUCUGAUUGCUGGAGAAAAAACAUGAAAAUUGCAUCAAUCACAGAUGAAAUGAUAUGCGCUGCAAAUAUAAAGCCAUCGCUUACUAAUCAUUCCGCUUGCCAUGGUGAUUCAGGCGGUCCACUAGUGUGUAGAUACACGGAUGGUGCGUGGGAGUUACAAGGGAUUGUAAGUUGGGGUUCUGCAACCUGUAACACAACCGAUGCCUACACGGUAUUUGCACGCGUUUCUAAGUUCCGUUCUUGGAUCGAUAAUAUUAUUAAACAAGUGAAGACAGUCAUUAUUUAAGAGCUGCACACUUGUAAUAAAUUUAGACACUUUUCGGCAGUACUUCAGACGCAGUAAUAUAAUUGUAAUUUCCUGUCUGAGACUUAUUGUGCAGUAACAACAAUUAAGAACUUUCUCCGUUCUUACUAUUAAAGGAUUAGAGAUAGUAGAAAAUGUAUUUCUUCGUAUUAUCAUUUGUAGUUAAAAUAAAUUAUCAAAAAAUUGUACCAUCAUUCCGUUGAUUGCUAAUUAACAGUCUUAAUGAGUGAGUAGAGAUUAGCUAUAAGUAGCUAUGUCUCUUUCAUAUGCUACUCCUUUUUUUGUUAAGUUAUAGCUGUAUAUCCUUUAAGCUGGGUUUAUGUUGAUUGAUUAAUCUUAACAGGUUGGAUCCAGAAUUUUUUUAAGUAUAGGCUCAA